UCCUUCUUUCUCUAUAAAAACAGGAAGGGAAAACGGGCUGUCUGCUUCAUACAGUCUCCUGCAUGAACCUCGCUCUCUGCAACUCUUUUAAAUAUGGACAUAUUCUUCUUCUUCGACCUGAUUCUCAGGAGACAAAAAUAGGCUUGCUGACGAAGUUUUAAAAAUUGCAGUCAGAAAAACAAACGCUGGAUAAAAGAGAAUAAGACUCUAACGGCUGCUUUCUCUGUGACCCUGCUUCUGCAGAUGAUCCACUGACCCCGGGCAGAGCAAAGGAACGGAUUGUACUCCCACAGGUGGCAUGCUCCUUCCUCCAGGGGACACGAGGGACCAGCCACACAACAGGUGGGACUAUCAGCUGACCUGAUACCAAAGGUUGGACAAGCAUCACUCAGGCCCUCUGGUGUAUAGUGUCCCUCGCCUCACACUCUUGCCAUGAGACAAGGGUGACCGACUUCUUCACUGACAGUGAAACAGACUUCCGGUUUGAUGAUGCCCUCAAUCACAGCAGCAGAGCCAGGAUAGGGACACAGAAACAACAUCUGAAGCGUAAACCAUGAAGCUCAGUGAAAAGGACCCAGCAGAAAACAAAGCAAUCACGCCCAAGAGGAACACAGUGGCUUGGUCCUGCUCACUACUGGCAGCUUCGCUGGUGGGCGCCUUUGGCUCCUCCUUCCUGUAUGGAUACAACCUUUCCGUGGUGAACGCCCCCACCCUGUACAUCAAGGCCUUUUACAAUGAAACAUGGGAAAGAAGGCACGGACAUCCAAUAGACCCGGAUACUCUGACCCUGCUCUGGUCUGUGACUGUGUCCAUAUUUGCCAUUGGUGGACUGGUGGGGACACUGAUGGUGAAGAUGAUUGGAAAGAUUCUUGGGAGGAAGCACAUGCUGCUGGUCAACAAUGGCUUCGCGAUUUCCGCUGCAUUGCUGAUGGCCUGUUCUCUCCAGGCAGGUGCCUUUGAAAUGCUCAUCGUGGGACGCUUCAUCAUGGGCGUGGACGGAGGCAUCGCCCUCAGUGUGCUCCCCAUGUACCUCAACGAGAUCUCGCCCAAGGAGAUCCGUGGCUCCCUGGGGCAGGUGACUGCCAUCUUCAUCUGCGUGGGUGUGUUUGCAGGGCAGCUGCUGGGGCUGCCAGAGCUGCUGGGAAAGGAGAGCACCUGGCCAUACCUGUUUGGGAUGAUCAUGGUCCCUGCCCUCAUCCAGCUAGUGAGCCUUCCCUUUCUCCCCGACAGCCCACAAUACCUGCUCUUUGAGAAACAUGAUGAGGCGGGAGCUGUGAAAGCCUUUCAGAAGUUCCUGGGCAAAGCAGAUGUCUCCCGAGUGAUGGAGGAGGUCCUGGCUGAGAGCCGUGUGCAGAGGAACAUCCACCUGGUGUCCGUCCUGGAGCUGCUGAGGGCUCCCUUCGUCCGCUGCCAGGUCAUCACUGUGGUCAUCACCAUGGCCUGCUACCAGCUCUGCGGCCUCAAUGCAAUCUGGUUCUACACCAACAGCAUCUUUGAAAAAGCCGGGAUCCCACCAAGAAACAUCCCCUACAUCACCCUGAGCACAGGCGGCAUCGAGAUACUGGCUGCUGUCAUCUCUGGCCUGGUCAUCGAGCGCCUGGGGCGGAGACCCCUCCUCAUUGGUGGCUUCGGGCUGAUGACCCUCUUCUUUGGGAUCCUCACUAUCACCCUGAAACUUCAGGACCGCGCCCCCUGGGUCCCCUACCUCAGCAUCGUGUGCAUCCUGGCCAUCAUUGCCUCCUUCUGCAGCGGCCCAGGUGGCAUCCCCUUCAUCCUGACUGGUGAGUUAUUCCAGCAAUCGCAGCGGCCGGCUGCCUUCACCAUCGCGGGCACCGUCAACUGGCUCUCCAACUUCGCGGUGGGGCUCCUCUUCCCAUUCAUCCAGAGAAGUCUGGACACCUACUGCUUCCUCGUCUUUGCUGCAAUAUGCUUUACAGGUGCUGUCUACCUCUAUUUUGUCCUGCCGGAGACCAAAAACAGAACCCACGCAGAAAUCAGCCAGGCGUUUGCCAAGAGGAACAAGGCAUACCCCCCAGAGGAGAAAGCUGACUCAGCCAGCGCCGACGAGACAGGGAACCAAAAGCCAGAGCCAGAUUCCCCCUCCUCCACAUUGAACAACUGUGCCAAAAACAGGGUUGUUUAAAAGGAUGGUCACACCGGUUCAGAGAACCAAAGGCUUCUCCAUGCUGGAAGGUGCACACUGACUCAAACCACACAAGUCCUGAUCAUUAGGUAUUUCCUAGCGAGCUGGUUCUCACCUAACUAAAUACCUGGCUCCUCAUUCGACUUAGCCACAUUCUUUGGGAAGUUGGAAAAGAAUCACCCUGUGUUUCAGUGACCCAAUAUUCUUCUGCAGAGCUCGAUGACCCACCUUCUCUGUGACCCAACCAACAGUUUCAACACAUAGUUGGAUGGGGGGCUGGAGGUUUAGCUCAGCGGCAUAAGCACCUGCCUUGCAAGCAGGCAGUCGUGAGUUCGAUCCCAGGUACCAAUAAAAAGGAAAAAGACAAAAAAAAUAAAAUAAAAUAAUUGGAUGAAUACUAUUGGAAAAGUAGACAAUCUGACCUGACAGAAGGCUCAAUGGAUUGGAAAUCAUGCACUAAGGUUCCAGUCCCAGCUUCCCUGUCAGUAAUCUCUCCCUGCAUCCUGGAGCCUCAGACCCUGGACUGUGAUCUUGGACAAAGGCUCUCAGAGUUCGGUGGGAAGAGACUCUGUGCCUCCUAAUAAAUGCCUCUGCCCAUCUUUGGCUCUGCCUUAUGGGUGCUGGGCUGAAGAGCACCAUCCUGCUGCUUCUGCUUUUCCUGGCUGUGUGACAGAGGAUAUAAAGAAGAUUGAUGUGCAUAAGAUCUAGCUAGGUGGCUGGAGGAAAGAGCUCUCUCUUUAAGUAGAGACUAUGAGUUGAAUUCCACUCAACUGAGACAUGUGUUGAGAAUGGCACUGAGAAUAAGCCUAGGCUUGAUGGGAAGGAGCCUGUAAUCGAUUGAUGAUGUCUGCCUCUGGUGAAGGAGCCAGUGGGUCCACGCAGGCACUCACAUCUGCCGGGUCUUGCAGGGGUUUAGCUAUAGGUGUAAUAAGCAGUCUUGGAAGGAGUGAGCUCACCAUCACUCAGAGUGCUCAAACAAGGCUGAGUGGUGAUUUGUCUAAGUGCCAUUUGUCGAGGAAGAUGUUUGGAGUGCCCGUGUCCAAGGAAACGUCCAACCCUUCCAUGCUAGGGUUGCUAGGUCAGAAGUUGCUGUGGUCAUGAACAGAUUAUGGCUUGGUGGAUCCGAUACACUGCCUCCAAAUCCACACCACUGCAAAGGACAACUUUCCCAUAAAUGACCAUGCACUUGAAUCAGCACCACUGUGUUUAAAUUAUCUGUCACAGAAGAGGUGGGGCCAGAGAGGAAAGGCUCUAUCCUGGCCACACACCUUGGGAGCUGUCUAUUUCCAGUGAUCACUCUUGACCAAGGUGGCCUUGGGCAGACCUGAGCUCUGAUUUUCCUUCUGUACUGACCACUUUCACCUCUCCUGUCCCUGAUUGGCAACGGAACACACUGUGCCAUCCGGCUGUGGUUGGACUGGAUAAUUUGAACAGUGUAUGUCGAUAUAAGAGAAAGUGAACUAUAAGCCCAAACCUGUCCAAAAUCAGAAGAAAAGCCAAAUAAAGUAUAAACUAGAAA